CAGGAACAUUGGCCCCAGCUGCUGAGUCAUACAAAUGAACAAUUUCACUGACUUCUAGGUGCAGCAAAUCGGCCUCUUAACCGUACAGAGGAGGUCAAUGCUGGGUUUAUUUAAUCUCUACUGGAAGAAAAGAUUAUCUCCAAUCUGGCCUCAAAUAAACCUUUAAGCAGGUGUUGAGUCUCAACACCUUUCCGCAAAGUUCUGAAGCAGUUUCUGAGGGUAUUGUUUACUCUAUUUAACAUGGAUCAAGAACUUGGAUGUUCUCGGGAUCAACUUCUCCAUGUAGACAUUACUAUUGAUGAGCAAGAACCCAGGGAGGGAAUCUUAAACCUUGUGAGGAAACUCCGUCCAGACUGGAAGGCACAGCACAUCCAGAUGAAGACAUUCACAGAAGGCAUCACUAACCAGCUGAUUGGCUGCUACGUUGGCAACCUCCAGGACUCUGGUUGUGUUCUUGUCCGUCUUUACGGCAGAAUGACAGAACUCUAUGUGAAUCGCGAUCGAGAGGUAGAGAUGUUCCAGGUGUUCCACGCCCAUGGCUGCGGCCCCGAGAUCUACUGCAGCUUCCAGAAUGGCAUCUGUUACGAGUUUGUCCCCGGAAAUGUGUUGGAAGAUAAGCUACUGCAACAGCCAUCCAUCUACAGAUUGAUCGCAGCCGAGAUGGGAAAAAUCCACUCGAUUCAGCCAAAACGGGGCCGGCCUACGGAGGCUUUGCUCUGGACCAAGAUGUCUCAUUUUCUUUCUCUGGUGAAGAGCAGCAUCCCCAGGACCCCAACUGAGCAGACAUGCACAAAAAGCUCCGUGGCUCUCUGCAAAUUGCCCAGCUAUGAGACAUUGAUGAUGGAGAUGGAGUUGCUGAAGAUACACCUCUCUCCAUUGGAUUCACCGAUUGUCCUCUGCCACAACGAUCUUCUCACAAAGAACAUUAUAUACAACAGCCAAGAAGGCACAGUGAAAUUCAUCGAUUACGAGUAUGCUGAUUACAACUACCAGGCUUUUGAUAUCGGGAAUCACUUCAAUGAAUUUGCUGGUGUGACUGAUGUGGACUACAGCCUGUAUCCCAGCCAGGAGCUGCAGAGAGACUGGCUGACGGCCUAUCUGCAGAGCUACAAGCACAGCACGGGCAGCAAGGUCACAGUUACAGACGCAGAAGUCACGCGGCUCUACAUUCAAGUCUGCAAAUUUUCACUCAUGAAUACACACACAGAAGAAAACCAAACCAUCCUGUUUAAGCAACCGCCGCUCAAAGUUUGAUGGACUCCAUCCGAGUUGAUUAGAAGCUACCGCAGGGAAAAAAUGAAAGACGGCAACCAGAAUUAUUUUUCUUAUAACCACAAUUUUCAUUCUUUGGUGGCUCAAGUGGUGCCGAGGUACCCGUCUGAACGGGCCUCUACCGCUCCAUCACAAUAUGCAGAAUUGUCCUUGCAAUUUAGGGAGAGGGCAGGUUGGUGUGAACGUCCCUUGAAAUAGCCCAGAAGUGAUAUGGAAGCAUAUUACUUUUUAAAAUAACCCAUGCUUUG